CCUAGCCUGUCGGCCCUUCGCUUGGACAUUCACGGGCGAGAAAGAGAUAUCCCUCAUCAGACUCCCUCUGGUAUCCAAUCGCUGCUUGCCUCUUGACUUUCAUCAUCACCACGCAUCCUUGCUUCGACUUUCACACCAUCAUCAUGGCUCGCCUCAAUCUACGUGCCAUCCUCUUCGUCUUGACAAUCGCCAUCACGGCCUGCGCCGUCGCGGCUUUCAAGCUCGAUGAGCGUGCAGAACUCAUCAUGACGAGCGGCCAGGCGGAAUGCACCAUCGUCACAAAGACGGACUCUAGCGGGCGAGCAACACCGGUCCCUCAAGGCGCUGGAUGCACCAACAGCGGUGCAUCUACUCCUGCCGCUACUCCUAUCGGCCCGCUGACCACGAGUAUUAACCCCUCGGGCUCCUUCACGCUCCUCAAUCAGACCAGCACGGCCGGUGGAAGCGCUGCUAGCGGCGGAAGCUCUGCCAAUGGCACGGCUUCGUCGUCCUCUUCAGCAACUUCAAGCUCAUUGGCUACUCUCAGCGCGACUUCGAUGGGUGUCUCGACGACUGUGGGAGGGGGCAGUGCUACAGCUACGUCUAUGGGCUCAGGGAAUGGCGCGAUGGGCAUGACCUUUGGAGGAGCAAAUGCGGCAACGACUUGGGCAUUCCUGGUGGGAUUGAUGAGCUUUGCAGCCGGUUUCCAGGUUCUAUUGUAA